AAAGGGGACAGAAAGAGGGCGGUUUGAAAGCAGCAAUGCAACUCUUAUAAACAUAAUUAAAGUUUACUUAAUUAUCUAAGAAGACUUAAUUGACUGUUCGGUGUCAGUAAAUGUCUUCAUAUACAUGGCAGCUCCUACCAGCCGUGCAUGUCUUUUCGGCUUCUACAUGAGGCUUUGUUAGUGUUAAAUUAAGUCGAUGCACUCGCUAACUUAGCUAGCUAGCUAUUGCUAGCUGUCAACUUCUUUAUUUCCUUAACUUUGUCGCCCUUACUUCGAUCUAGUUCAUAUCAGACUUAGUUUAAUCGUAGCCUGACUUACCUCUUAAAAUGGCAAGUGUGCAUGAAAGCUUGUACUUCAACCCGAUGAUGACAAACGGAGUGGUCCAUGCUAACGUCUUUGGCAUCAAAGACUGGGUAACGCCGUAUAAAAUUUCCGUCCUGGCGCUACUGUACGAGAUGACCGCUUCAAAGAUCCCCCUACCAGAGAGGAGAAGGCUAAACAAACUCAUUCUACCCCUCCAGCAGGGACCAGACCUGACUCUUGGACAGUUUUUGAAAACAGUGGAGGAGUGUUGUCCUCAAACUGCUUAUGCUGUUAAACGCAGGCUCCGUGAAAUGGCUGAUGGAGAGCUGAGAGACAUGGAGUACUUCUUUUCCAUUCUUCCCACUCCUUUCACUGCAUUUGAUACUGAAGCGUACAAAACCAGUGUUGUUGGUCUUUUUAUGAGACACAUGCUUCUGGCCUACAACAAACUGUCCUUCAGCCAGGUGUACAAGCUGUACAAGUCUUUGCAGCAGUAUUACCACAGUCACUAUGCCAAACGUACUGAUGGGCAGGUGGGUUUGCCUGCACUGAUUGCCGACGACUCCGACAUGGACCUCACCAGCACAGAGGACACUGUAGGAGAUAGAAUAGACAAAGAAGAGUUGGACACCCCCCUUCAUGAGUCAGAACUCAGAAAUGAUAACGCUCCAAGCAAAGGUCCCCUGUCACAAAAACAAGCAGAGUACUUUCUUGCCAGACAAGCGUAUCUUCUGAAGAAUGAUGAAAACAAAGCUUUAAAGCCUGCUGCCCUGCAAGAAGAGCUCAACAACAUGCUGAAGUUUAACCCAGAUUUUGCUGAAGCACAUUACCUGAACUACCUGAACAGCAUGAGAGUCCAGGAUAUCUUUCUUUCUGCUCACAGUCUUUUACAUUAUUUUGACCGCCUCAUCUUGUCUGGAAAUGAGGGAAAGAGCAACGGCGAUGAGGGAUAUGGCCGAAGUCUCCGCUAUGCUGCUCUUAACCUGGCGAGCCUGCACUGUCGCUUCGGCCACUAUCAGCAGGCGGAUCUGGCUCUACAGGAAGCUAUUCGCAUUGCCCAGGAAUCCAAUGAUCAUGUGUGCCUUCAGCAUUGUCUGAGUUGGCUCUACACACUUGAGCAGAUGAAGGGAUCUGACAGUGCUGUGUUGACUGAGGAUUCUGUGAAGAUGGCUGCCCAUUUCUGCUUGCCAUAUUUGGCAUCACUGGGCAUUCAGUCAUUGGUCCAGCAGGGGGCGACACAGGGCAAGACAGCUCAUAAACUGAUGGACGCACUGAAGGACACAGACAUUCUCCACUGGAAGCACAGUCUAUCAGAGCUAAUCGAGAUCAGCCUGGCACAAACAACGUCCAUAUGGAGGAUGUAUGGCAAGAGCACCAUGGCUCUGCAGCAGGCCCAGCUGCUUCUCAACAUGAGCAGUCUGGAACCGGUCAACUUUGGGGUUCAGCAGAACAAUACAGAGGCCUUCACGGUGGCGCUCUGCCACCUGGCCGAGCUGCACGCUGAGCAGGGCCUGUACAGUGCUGUUUCAGAGAUUCUUCAGCAUUUGAAAGAGCAGUUUCCUCCACACACGCAGCAUGCCAAGCUAUGGAUGCUGUGUGAUCUGAAAAUCCAGUUUGAGAGACAUAUGAAUGAAGGGAAAUACUAUUUGGCAGAGCCACUAAUCACAGCCAUGUCUGCCUUAAACAAAACUGAGGGUCUCUACAGGAAAGCUCAAGUAUUGAAGGCUCUUAAUCGGACCACCGAGGCAUACAGUAUCCUGCAGAGACUGCAGGUGCACUGUGAGAAGGCAAAAUGUACAGAGAUUGUCAUCAGAGUUAUGCUUUCGACUGCUGAGCUCCACUGGGAGUCGUCUGGCUUCUUCACAGCUCUGCCUCUCCUCCUGCAGGCCUUGGCUCUGGCUCGACAGCACCACUUACAGUGUCUGGCCUCAGAGGCCAUGCUUCACCUGGCCUUCACUCAGCUAAUGUUAGGGGUUCCCAAGCAGGCGCUGAGUGUCCUGCAUGAAGCCAUUGAGCCUAUUUUGGCUCACGGAUCAGUGAUGGACAAAGGCCGCGCCCUGCUGCUGACUGCACGCUGUCAGAUAGCAGUGGCUGGGUUCAGGCCAAAUGGACAAGGACAAGCAGAUUUGAAUGUGGUGGUUUUGGCUGUUGACACACUAAAUGAGGCUGCGGCAUAUUUCUGCAAACUGAACUGCAAAGAACGGUUGCGGGACAUCCACUACCUGCAGGCUCAGCUCCAUCACGCUCUGGGACAGACCUCUAAGCGCAACAAAAGUGCUAUGCUUUUCCGCCUGUUGGACCAGGAGCUACAGUCACCUGCACCUCCUGUUUACAUGCGACUAUAACUGUAGCUAUACAAAUGUUACAUUUUUGAAUACAGACAUGACAAAACCCAUGAUUUGACUGCUGAGUUGAGUCAUUGCUGCGCACCACUAGAUGGCGAUGUAGAUCUGUUCUGCUCUCUGUCAGCACUGAAAUGUUUCCUGUUUAAAUAUUUUGAACAAGCAGUAAUUAUUUACCUCGGGCAUGCAGCGCCAGGAUAAUCACAACACAGGACAGAUGUCAUGAGUCUUACACAGAGCUGACUAUCCAGUAAAUUAAGAAUUGAUCUUUUGUCACCUAUCUCUUGGUCAGGAACAGAUUAAAAUGAUAAUCUGCUGAU